AUCCAUUCCUUUUCCAAUUCAAAACAAGACUGCCCAACCCUGGGACCCGGUUACUCAUGCCUCUCGUGCGGGAAACCUCACAAGCCAUGAUAGCCAUAAACGAGCAAGCUGUGGAGGUCCAACUCCCGAUAGUCCCAGCAAGUUCUGGUAUGAGACGAUUACCCACAAUGGAGAGUCGUCUUUCUUGGACUCGACCUACAAGCACAACUACAAGGUCUUCCGAAACGUGGUGACCGACUUUGGAGCGGACAACACCGGUGCCACUGAUGCCUCUGUUGCUAUUCAGAAUGCUAUCAACGCUGGUGCCUCCAAUGGCCCUAACCGGGCUAGCAACUCCAUGGGCACCACCGGUCAACCUGCAAUCGUUUACCUCCCAGCUGGAACGUACCGGAUGGACGGAAGUCUCCAGCUCUUCGUUGGUACUGUCAUUGUGGGCGAUGCCCUCAAUCCACCAACUCUCAAAGCCAGCGCCAACUUCCCCAACGAUCAUAUCGUCUACGGGAAAGAUAGCCACCUGGGUGGCACGGUCAACUUCUACAUUGGCUUCAAGAAUGUGAUUAUCGAUUCCACGAGCGUUGCUGCUUCAAAGUCAAUCACCUUGUUGGACUGGACCGUCUCGCAGGCCACGCAGCUGACGAAUGUUGUUUUCAACAUGCCCUCGUAUUCGAACCAUGUUGGCGUGACAAGCCAGUAUGACUCGAACAGCAAUAUUAUUCUGAACGAUCUUACCUUCAAUGGUGGUGCUAUCGGCAUGGAGUUGAGCGGCCAACAAUGGAUCCUCAAGGGCAUCACCAUCAACGGGGCGAACGUUGGGAUCAAGGCCGGGGCAUUUGAGCUCGUCUGUCUGGAUUGCAAUCUCUCAAACGGUGCCACGGGUAUUGAUGCCAGCGGGAUCUCUGGCUCACUGACGGUCAUCGAUUCCAGUGGCAACUAUCUCGGCAACAUGAUCGUCUCCUCCAAUGCUGGUGCUACUGCUCAGAACUCGAUCAUCCUGGAUAAUGUGCAGUGCACCAACAGCGGCAGCACAGUCUCUCUUAACAACAAUGUCGUCCUCUCUGGCUCGGUGACAAACACCUGGGUGCGUGGAAAUCUGUACUCAGGGGGAGCUACCACCCCUGCAAAAGCACAAGGCUCGCAAGUCACCACGGCUCGUGCGAAUGUUCUUCUCGCAGCCAAUUCCAAGUACUUUACCAUGGCACCCCCCACAUACUCUCAGUACUCUUCCGGCCAGUUCAUCAAUAUCAAGACUGUGAGCGGUCUUCCUGUUAUGGGAGAUGGCGCCACCGACGAUACGGCGAACAUCAACGCCAUCUUGGCCCAGUAUGCUGGAUGCAAGAUCAUCUACUUUCCUGCCGGUACGUACAUCGUGACGGGGACUAUCUUUGUCCCCGCUGGUUCGAUUAUUGUCGGGGAUGCAUAUGCCUCGGCUAUCAGUGCUACUGGCUCGAAUUUUUGGAAUCCUGAUGCCCCGACUACAAUGGUCAAGGUCGGCAACGCGGGUGACGUGGGCGUUGCCCAGUUCACAGAUAUGCUGUUUACAGUGGCCGAUGUUCUUCAGGGCUGCAAAUUGGUUGAGGUAAAUAUUGCCGGUGCAGCUCCUGGCGACGUGGGAUUCUGGAACUCGCAUUUCCGCAUCGGCGGUGCAGUAGGCUCCAAAGUACAAACAAACUGCUACGGCACUCCCGACCAAUGCAAAGCCGCCUGGGGCCUGCUUCAUCUGACCAGCACUUCCUCUGUGUAUAUCGAGAACAUGUGGGGAUGGACAGCCGACCACAACCUGGACGGCAGCCCCGACACAACCACCGUCGCCACCGGCCGUGGUCUCCUCGUCGAAGCGACCAAGGGUACCUGGCUCGUCGGAACGGCCAUGGAACACCACACCCUCUACCAGUACAACUUCGAGUACGCCCAGAACGUCUUCUCCGCCUUCCAGCAGAGCGAAACCCCCUACUGGCAGGGCUGGGGAAGUCCGGACCUGGCCCCUGCGCCAUGGUCCUCGAACCUGAUCGACAGCGAUCCCAACUUCAGCAACUGCGACGCCAGCGAUGCAGGAUGCCGCAUGGCGCUCUUUGAGCGCAUCCGGGGCUCCUCGAACUUGUUCCUCUAUGGAGGCUGCGUCUGGGCGUUCUUCAACCACAACGGUGGAUGUACCGGGGACUGCCAGGCGAACGCCGUCCGCAUCCUGUCAUCCGCUGGCUCGGUAUAUCUCUAUGGUACCAACGUCAAGGCGAUCAGCAACAUCGUGCUCGAAAACACUGUUGCCGCCGCAAAGGAAAGCGACAACAAUGGCGGAUGGGGCGGAGUCGUCGCCGCGUAUCUUCACAAUGUGGACACAAGCUCCAACGGUGGUAGCAGUGGCAGUGGCAGCUCCGGCGAUGGCAACAGCGCUGUGGUCACCGGUAACGGGUUAAACUGGUAUAGCUCUUCUCUGACCGACGGAGCAGCCGCAUACCAGGAUCCAGAAUAUUACUACUGCUUCGGCGGGCCGGCUGCUAAUUUCCCACCGUUUGCGAACUGGAUGGGCUUCACGGCGAUGUUUGGUUUGAACCAGCAAACCUCCAUGGCACUGGUCGAAUCGGGUCCCAUUCAGGGAGAUAUCUGGAAUGCCAUCGUCGAAGUAUCUGCCGCGGCCAAGGUCGAUCCUCGGUUGAUUCUGGCGGUGGUUAUGCAAGAGUCUAGCGGCAACGUCUACGUUGGCUGCACGAACAAUGGCGUCGAGAAUUGCGGGCUGAUGCAAGCCUACGCCGGCUCCGUCUCCUUCGAUCCCAACGAUCCACAGGGAAGCAUCACCCAGAUGAUCAUCGACGGUACCCAAGGCACGGCACAAGGCGGUGGUCUCGUUCAAUGGUUCAACAAUGACAAUGUUGGGGCCGACACCGGUGGCAACCCGUACAAUGUGCUCCGUGGCUAUAACUCGGGCAGCAUUAACUUCAAUGAUUUGAAUGAUCCCCAGGACGCUACUGCUUCGUAUGUCAGUGAUGUGGCCAACAGGUUGCAGGUGAGUCUUCUCUUCGAGAUGGAGGAGCAUAAGACUAACAAGGCUAGGGAUGGAAUGGUAAUGAUGGUCAUGGGUACAGAGCUGCGUGUGGAUGGUCGUGACGAAUACGUGCCGGAUCCCAACGAGAUAGUACGCUAUGAACGAAGAUUCCCGACGCUGAAGGUUCCUAGAGUCAAGUGGUGA